UAUAUAUAGUUUUACUUUUACGAAAACUGAAACAGUAGUUUUGUUUUUUGAUUUCUAUGUUUAAAAUGGUGAAAAUUUCGGUCAUAUCUCUUAAGGUCUAAAGUCGUUGUCUAUUCUGAUCAUGCUGCAUUUUUGGCUCAUGAGAUUUUACAGUAUGGCAAAUUUAAGGACCAGGUUAGAAUUACAGUCUCUGAUUGGAUAAAUCUUGCAACUUGCACAAGUUAGGGAAACUUGAAGAACCUUAAAAAUGCAUAACUAUUUGGCAUUCCAAAAUAAAUCCGAAGAGUACUACUGGAAAUAAAAAUUGGAACUGAAAACAGAAAAUCACUAAUGCAUUUCUAGGUUGAAACGAAUGUGCACGCAAGCAUAAAAGGGGAUUUUAAGUACGCGGGAAUGGUCCACGGCUGCCAAAAAGACCCGAUUUUAAGUAUGAAUUGACUGUGCAAUAAUUCAUUCCAUUAUCGGGUCGGAUUGACUGCAAUUCGGUCUGAAUAUGUCAAGCCGGUUUUCAAACUCAAUACUGUUUUGAACGGGUCGGGUCAAAUGCCCGACAGGGCGGGAGCUAUUUUCCAUCUGAUGUCAUCAUCCCUAGUCUUGGUAUGAACUCUCGUUAGGGUUCCCUCCGCCAGUGUAUCUUUUAAACGGCCAUUCACAACCAGGUAGUCGUUUCUCUAUUUCUGUUUCUGUCUCUUUCUCUUUCCUCUUCGCAUACGUAUCAUCCAUCACAUAACAUGUGUGUGUAUAUAUAAAUAUAUAGAUUCACAUAUGCACAGAGCCACAGACGCACACAUAGAGUAUACAGGUUUGCUUCUGAUUAGCCUUUUGUUGGUUUGAACUUUGAAACAUUAAAUUUCUAAUUAUCCAGUUAAUUUCAUUGUUGUAGAAACCUCUAGGGCUUCAUUGAAUCCAUUGAUAUAUAUAUACACACGACCUUAUGUAAAUGGGCAAGAAGAAUAAGAUUGUACUACCUCCUGAGCUCCCCCCCAGAUAUUUCUGAGGACGAAAUUGAAGUCUCCGAUGAGGACUUGCAGUUUGUCAACAAGAAUCGUGACUAUGCUGGCUUCGUCUCCAAAUUGGUUACCCAAUCCAUUACCAAGUGUGUUUACAUACAUCUUCCAAACUAAAGUUAUUCCAUAUUAUAUAUAGUUUUACUUUUACGAAAACUGAAAUAGUAGUUUUGUUUUUUGGUUUCUAUGUUUAAAAUGGUGAAAAUUUCGGUCAUAUCUCUUAAGGUCUAAAGUCGUUGUCUAUUCUGAUCAUGCUGCAUUUUUAGGGCAUGAGAUUUUACAGUAUGGCAAAUUUAAGGACCAGGUUAGAAUUACAGCCUCUGAUUGGAUAAAUCUCGCAACUUGCACAAGUUAGUGAAACUUGAAGAACCUUAAAAAUGCAUAACUAUUUGGCAUUCCAAAAUAAAUCCAAAGAGUACUAUUGGAAAUAAAAAUUGGAAUUGAAAACAGAAAAUCACUAAUGCAUUUCUAGGUUGAAACGAAUGUGCACACAAGCAUAAAAGGUGAUUUUAAGUACGCGGGAAUGGUCCGCGGCUCCCGAAAAGACCCGAUUUUAAGUAUGAAUUGACUGUGCAAGAAUUCAUUCCAUUAUCGGGUCGGAUUGACUGCAAUUCGGUCCGAAUAUGUCAAGCCGGUUUUCAAACUCAAUACUGUUUUGAACGGGUCGGGUCAAAUGCCCGACAGGGCGGGAGCUAUUUUCCAUCUGAUGUCAUCAUCCCUAGUCUUGCUAUGAACUCUCGUUAGGGUUCCCUCCGCCAGUGUAUCUUUUAAACCGCCAUUCACAACCAGAUUCACAUAUGCACAGAGCCACGGACGCACACAUAAAGUAUACAGAAACCUCUAGGGCUUCAUUGAAUCCAUUGAUAUAUAUAUACACACGACCUUAUGUAAAUGGGCAAGAAGAAUAAGAUUGUACUACCUCUUGAGCUCCCCCCAGAUAUUUUUGAGGACGAAAUUGAAGUCUCCGGUGAGGACUUGCAGUUUGUCAACGAGAAUCGUGACUAUGUUGGCUUCGUCUCCAAAUUGGAUACGCAAUCCAUUACCAAGCAUGUUAAACGUGUUGCUGAUGUAAAAGAAGAUGCUUUGGAGUCUUUAUAUGAGAAGCGGUCGAGAAAGAAGUCGGUAGAGAAAGAAAGGGAGGACAAAGGGCUUGAAGUUGAUCCUGUGGAUGCCCUUCCUGUGAAGACUUUAGAUGGAAAACUUUACUACAGGACGGUAUCAAAAACAUCUAAAAUUGCACCAAGUGAGAGUGAAAAUGAAGCCGAUGGUGAUCAUGGAAAUAAAAGUGUUGUGAAGUUGACAAAAGCAGAAAAGCGGGCGAAGCUUAAGAAAAUGAGGAAAGAGGCAAAGCAACAAGAGAAGGUGGUUAUAGAAGAAGAUGAAGUGCAACAACAAACCCCUCAGGCUGAAGUUCAGGCUGAGGUGAAAAAAGAUCUCUCAGCUGAAGAAGCCAACGAAGGAAAAAAGUAUAGACUUGCAGAGUUGGGAACAACUCUGCUUACGGACCCAGAAUCAAAUAUCAAAUCUCUUAGAGAGAUGCUGCAGCUCUCAAAAGACGGAGAUCAUGCUAUAGUUGCACUUGGACUAAAGUCUUUGUUGGCUGUUUUCAGAGACAUCAUUCUUGGCUACAAGAUCAGGCUGCCCACUGAAAAGGAACAGGAAAUGGUUGUUUCAAAGGCUGUCAAGAAAAUGCGGUACUAUGAAUCUACCCUCCUGUCCGCAUAUAAGGCAUACCUCCAGAGGUUGAUAGCCUUAGAACAGCAGGCCUCAUUUCACCGUGUGUCUGUUCGUUGUACGUGCACUUUGCUAGAUGCAGUUCCUCACUUCAACUUCCAUGAGAAUUUAUUAGUUGCUGUUAUCAAGAAUAUAAGCUCCCAAGAUGAUGUUGUAAGAAAACUCUGUUGUGCAACUGUUAAGUCACUUUUUACCAAUGAGGGAAAACAUGGUGGUGAAGCUACCAUAGAGGCUGUUCGAUUGAUUGCAGAUCAUGUGAAAUCUCAUGAUUGCCAAUUGCACCCGGAUUCCCUCGAGGUUACUCACGAAGGAACUUUAAAAAGUGAAGUUGUCCAAAUUCAGUUGCUCUCUCAUAAAUUUGGCAACAUUGUGAUGAAAGAAGAUGAAUCCUUUUUGACUUUUAUUCUAAUCUUCUUGAAAUAAUCUCUGAACUGCGUCACUUGGAAAAAAAGUUAGUGAUAAAAAAAUCUGUGAAAAAAUCUUAAGGUCUUUACCUAAGAGAUUUUAGAUUAGGGUUGAGACCAUCUCUGAACAUUGGGAUUUGACUACCUGUCGAGUUGACGAGAUGGUUGGUUCAUUAAAAACUUUUGAGAUGCAGAAUUUUGAUUUAAAUCAGAAGGAGAAAAAUCUUGCUUUAAAAACUACACAGGUUGAGAAUUCUGUAAAUGAUGACUCUGAUGAUGACAUUGCAUUCUUGUCAAGGCAAUUCAGUCAGAUUUUGCAAAAGCAACAAAAAAGAAGGAAUAACAACAUGGCUGAUCUUAAAAACUUUGACAAAACAUUAAAGUUUAGGUUUAAUGAAAAGAAAGUAGAAGAAUCCAAAGAAACUGAAUUCACAUGCUGCAAUUGUGGUGGCAAAGGCCAUACAUCCACUGUUUGUCCUAGUCCUAAGAAAGAACAAAAGGAUAGGAAUAAAGGGAAAGUAAUGAAAGUUUCUAUGUCUGAAAAUUCUACUUUAAGCGAUAGUGAUUCUCCUCAGGAUGAUACUAAUGAUUUUUCAUGUCUCUUUUCUUGAUAGGGGUCCUCAUGUCGUUCAUUUAUCUGACUCUGACAGUUCAGAUAAUGAAGACAAUGAAGUUCAUGAUGAACAGAUUGAAGAAGCUGAAAAGGACAAGGAAAGGUUGAAGAAGAUGGUCAAAGAAACCAUUGAAGUCAAACAGGCAAUCAAUAAGCUAGUAAAGGAGCUUAUCUAAGCAAAAGGAGAGAAUGAAGAUCUAAAGAAACAGAUUGCUGAAGGCAAACAGAAGGCUAUUGAAAGAGAGUCAGUCAUUAUUGAGCUUGAGAAACAGAUUAUCAUUCUUGAGGAUAAGGUAAGUGUUGUUAACUCAUUAAAGGAAUGUCUUGCUUUGAAAAUGGAUUAUCUUGAAAUUGAGUUGAAAUCUGAAAGAGAUAAACUGAAAGGGUUCAAUAUGAGUCAACACAAUUUGAAUAAGAUGAUCAACAUGGGUAAGGAUGUGAAUGAUAAAACAGGGGAAGGAUUUGUUAAAGGUUCUUCUAGUAAUCAAGGUAAAACAAUAUUUGUUAAAUCUGCUAUUAUGCCUAAACCAUGUUUGCCUGAUGCAUCACAUUCUGCUAUGUCUUAUGUGCCUAAAUUGUUGCAUUGCACUUUUUGUGGAAAAAAUGGACAUAAGUAUAACUCAUGCCUUCAUAGGAAAAAGAAAGAUUUUUCUAAAAUUGAUUCUAAAUCUUCUCAUGAUAAGAACAAGGUGCAUUCUAAAGGGAAAAAAGAAAUUGACAUCCAAGGUUUCUAGAACUGGAAUUUUACUUAAGAAAGAGGUAAAGAGAGAAAAAGAAUUUCAGGAAGUAAGAGUGAGAACUGUGUGGAUCAAAAAGUCUGAUUUGAUCAAUUAUGUGCCUAUUAAGUCAUUGGAACAGGUUUCCAAGGGGACUUCACCCUUAAAUUAAGUCCUACAAAAUUCAGUGAUCAUGGCGUGUGUUUGAAAGAAAAUUUUGUGGCCAUUGGAUCAUUUGUUAGGGUUUGGUUAGGGUGUGUUUUUCUGAUCAUAAUCUUCUUGAUAUGCAUGUAAAAAUUCUUUUGAAGAAUUUAUGAUCUAUCUUUGAAUGCAAAUUGAUACACAUGAUAUUUUGAAUAAAUAUAGAUUCUCUGUCUGUAAUCUAUACAUUAAAAGAUGAUUUGCAUUGUUUAAGGGAUUUUUAGUUUUGAAUCUCUUAAGUUCAUAGACUUUUGUGCACUAGUCCAUCUUUGACAAAUUUAGUUGAAAUUUUUUUAAUCUGUUGACUAGGGUUUAUUGUUUACAAAAGCUAUAGAGGUUAUUGUUUAAAAAAAUAUGAGUUAAAAACAAAAGAAAAAGAUUGAAAAACAAUAUUCAGCUUGAAAAGAAAGAAGAAAAAGUGCUGAAUAAGUUGAAAAGGAAAAUGCUACCUAUUGAGAUUUGAUCGAAAGCUACCAUUAAACUAUGAAUUGAAGCGAAAAGUGGAGAUAAGUUGAGUUGGGGAAUUGCUGACUACUCUUUAGAGUGAAAGCCACAUUAAAAAAAAUUGCUCAAAACAAUUUUAUCUUGAUACUUUUCGAUCAAUAAGGUUUAGACAAUGAUCUAUUGAAAUUCAACUGAAGAUGGAUUAGAUUGGAUUUCACACACACAUAUGAACUUGCUAGAUUAAUUUCUAAAUUUUUCAGUAAAAUUUGCAAGUUUGAUUUCAUGUUGUGAUUAUUUUUUGAGAUUUGAAAAGUCUGUGGAGUCAAAUAUUUGUUCUCUGAGAUAAUUUUAAAAUUCUCUUAAAUGGUUUUGAAUCGUGUGUUGAUUGGAUGGUUUUAAUGAUUGGUGAUUUUAUUUUUUAAUCUUAUUAAAAAAAAAACAAAAAAAAAAAAAAAUUAAAAAUUUUGAAAAAUUCAAAAAUAUUUUGAUUUUUAGGUUUUUAGUUUAUUUUGUUGCAAGUUUUAAUCACUGAUGUGUUAAAAUUUUCUGAAAACAACAUCAUUAUUUCAAGACUGGAGGUCUUGAACCGGUUCAAUGAGGGAUGGACCGGUUCAAGCAUGUCAUUUAGCCACGAUCAAGUGACUGUCCAUCUUGAACCGGUUCAAGAUUGUAGAACCGGUUCAAGUCUUGUGCACUAAAGUGCACUGCCUUUCUUGAACUGGUACAAGAGGGCUGAACCGGUUCAAGAAUACGGGAUUUAGGUUUUAAUACAUGCUUCAGGCCUCAUUUGUUGCAACAUCACUCCAUUUCUCUUGCACUCUCUCCCUCCUUCAUAUAUACACAUACAUAUACAUCAUAUAUAUUACAUCUUUGUCAUCAUUCCAUGCUAUAACAUUGAUCAUUACAUGAUAUUUGGAGAUUGAUAACAAAGAUUGGAGAAGUUGUGUGAAAACUGAAAUUUCAAAAAUGGGUUUAAUGAAGUUUGUGGAGUUUGGGUUUAAAUCUUAGAGGAUUGGUUAAUCUUUUGAAUUGAUUGAAGAGAUUGAAGCUUGAUUGUACUUGGUGAAUAUCACUUUGCAUUUGUUGAUUGAUUUUGGGGUAAAGUGAAGAUCAAAACAAGGUUUACAACAAACACUUUUGGGGUUGCACACCAAGUAUUUGAUAAAAUUCCUGAACGAGUUUCAAAGCUUCAAAGUGAGAAAUUUUCUAAAGAACAUGCCUCCUAAAUUGUCUAGAACUGGCAUUUCUAUUCAAGAACCCCAAAGUGGUUCUCAAGCUCCAAGCAUGGCUCUUAUUCGAUAUCCUUCAGUUUCUAGCACUGAAAGGAUUGAAUUUACAGCAUCACAUUUUUAUAAUGCAGAGGCUUGGAAAGUGUAUAACUCUGUUUACAAGGAUGGGCCGAUCAAAACAGAGAGGAAUGUUAAUCUUCAGAAGCUUCAAGACACCGCAGGACAAGCUCUAGUGAACUACAUCAAAGCUCAUCAUUGGCUUUAUUUCACUAAACUCAGCAAAUGCUUUUAUUGUCCGGAUAUGAUUAGCUAUUUCUAUGCUAAUAUCCGUGAAGUUCAUGACUUCCACUUCAUUGUAUCUUUGUUUGGAGUUAAUUAUACAGUUAAUGAACAGGAUAUUGCAUCCAUUCUUGACCUUCCGGAAAAUUGUCAAUUAUCGGGACAUACUUUGCCUUCGACAGUUAGUGGACUUAAUUUUUCCAAGAUUGUUCCGAAGAUCUGUGAACCGAAUUCUUCUGUGAAUCAAGAUACGAUACCAGCUCGAUUUCUGACAGAUAAAGCCGCAUUCUUUAACUUGUUUGCUAUGGCAAAUUUGGGCUACUUUGGGAAGAAGGAUGAAUUGUCGCUGGAGUGGGCACAAGUAUUGUAUUUCCUCCAGAUCCGUCUCUUCAAGCUGAAGAUGAAGGAGAUGAUGAAGAUGAGGCUGAGUAUACAGAUGAGGAUGAGGAGGAUGAGGAUGCAGCAGAGAGUGGUGACGAGGAUGAAGAAAAAAGUGAUGAAGACUAGGGAUGAUGUUUCUUAGUGAUGAAGACUAGGGAUGAUGUUUCUUAUCUCUGAGUUGUUAAGGGGACAUGGUGCUGCUUUUAUUUUAUUACUAAUCAUGCAUCAUGACAUCAUGUUUUGUUUAAUUAUUGCAUAACUUGUUUCUGAUUUUGGAUAUUCCUGGAAUAUGCUUUCAUAGACUUUAUUAUGCUUAUCUGAAUUGUGCUUUAAUUGACUUCUUUGAAUUGGAAUUUACUGUUUUAGUUUUCUUUUCACUCCUUUGUCAAUUUGUUACAAAAAGAGGGAGUCCACCUGUCAAUAUGAGGGGGAGAUAAAAUAAGGGAAGAAAUAAUUGGAUAUUUACUUCAGGGGGAGUUUUUUUUUUUUUUUUUUUUAUUAUUAAACUUCACUGGUAGUUGUUGCUUGAUAAUGUGCAGGAAACAGGUCAAGUUUUGAAUCCAAGAAGAACAGUGUUCAUAUUACCUUUAAGCAAAUCAUGUAAUUUAUUUUUUUGCUUGGGGUAGAUUGCAAAAAUUGUUUUUAGGGUUUUGUCACGAAAUUGCCAAAGGGGGAGAUUGUGAGAUAUUAUUUAUUUUUGGCAAUUAUCAUAGACAUAACAAGUCCAAGUUGAGUUGUAAUUUAAAUUACUUGUUCUACAAGUCAUCAAGUUCAACAGGGAUUCCGCAAACUGGGAAGGAGUUCAAACUUACUAUAUUUGAAAAGUUUGUAAAGAAAAUGGUAAGAACAUCAUUUCAAGAAGAAAGGUAUACAAGGUUGGAUAUUCUACACAUUCUAUGUUGGUCUACAAUUUCCGUAGAAUGAACCAAGGCUGAAGGAAUUCGAAAUCCAAGUCUGCCAACCUUGAACCUGUGAUGAUCCGGAUUUUUUUUAGUUUAAUUUAUCACUUUUAAUUGUCAAAGAUUGAUUAUUUUAUUAAA